CAGCUCUUGCGGCUGGAGCCAUGCAAUUGAAAGGGCAUAUUAGGCCCGUGUUGGUGUUGUACUGUUGUCGCUCUUGUUAUUGAUUGUCGUUCCCUUUCUUCCAAAAUCCAAACACACCUCACAAGGAGCUAGUGAAUCAAUGGCUCUUCGAAACUAGCAAAAAUUAUUGCCGUGGAAACAGGGGCCAUAUCAUAAUCACCGAGCAAACGUUAAGGACGUUUUAACCAAAUUUAGAUUGGUGGGUGGAUCUCAAAUGUGACCUUUUUAACCAGAUUUCCUUCUUCUUUUUUCUACUAUAUAUAUAUGAUCUAUCUCAAGUUAUGAGAGAAAACCCUCUUUCGAUUCAUUAAAAUUCAGUUCAAAAUCAAUCUGAUUAGGAUCAUUGAAGCAAUUCAGGGGGAGAUGGGUGGCUCUACUUGGCCUAGUGAUGAAGAGUUAAUUGGAAUAAGGAAGAUAGUUUCUGAAAUGGCGGGAAAAAGUACGGAGGAAGUACAAGUUGUAGUCUCUCCUUACCGGAUAUGCCCCUUAGGUGCUCAUAUUGAUCAUCAGGGUGGAACUGUGUCAGCAAUGACAAUUAAUAAGGGAAUACUCCUGGGGUUUAUUCCUUCCAGUGACAAACAGGUUGUUCUGCGCUCUGGGCAGUUUACAGGAGAGGUUAGGUUCAGAGUUGACGACAUUCAGCACCCUAGGUAUAUCACUCAGAAAAAUGGUGACAUUUAUGCAAGUAAUACUUCCAAACCAAAAGAAGAAAGUUGCUGGGAGGUUUAUGCAAGAGGAGCCGUAUAUGCAUUGCAACGUAGGGAGAACUCUCUUACUCAGGGCAUCAUAGGAUACGUCUGUGGUUCUCAGGGUCUUGACAGUUCAGGCCUUAGCUCUUCUGCUGCUGUUGGAGUUGCUUAUCUGUUGGCUUUGGAAAGUGCAAAUAAAUUAAGUGUGUCCCCUGUGGAAAAUAUCGAAUAUGAUAGGCUGAUUGAAAAUGAAUAUUUGGGUCUGAAGAAUGGCAUAUUGGAUCAAUCUGCAAUUUUGCUUUCAAGCUCUGGUUGUCUUAUGUGCAUGAACUGCAAGACUAAGGAGCACAAGCUUAUUAACACAUCAAUCCCAAAGAACCCCCAAACUGAGUUCCAAGAUGGCUACAAAAUACUAUUGGCUUUUUCGGGUGUGAGGCAAGCAUUGACAAGCAACCCUGGAUAUAAUCGCCGAGUUGCUGAGUGUCAAGAUGCUGCAAGAUUUCUGCUGCAUGCAUCUGGAAACCACAAAGCAGACCCUCUCUUGUGUGAUGUUGAACCAGAGGUGUAUGAAACUCACAAGAGCAAACUAGAACCCAAUCUCGCUAAGAGAGCAGAGCAUUAUUUUACAGAGAAUGCACGGGUUACCAAAGGACUUGAAGCUUGGGCUUUGGGCAACCUGAAGGAGUUUGGAAAGCUUAUCUCAGCUUCUGGGCUAAGUUCUAUACAGAACUAUGAAUGUGGAUCUGAGCCACUCAUACAACUCUACCAAAUCCUUGUGAGGACUCCUGGGAUUUUUGGAGCAAGGUUCAGCGGUGCUGGCUUUAGAGGAUGUUGUCUUGCAUUUGUCGAUGCAGAUCGUGCAGCAGAAUCAGCAACUUUUGUCGACAAAGAAUAUCGUAAGCUCCAGCCUGUGUUGGCAAGCCAGUUGAACCUCGAUUCAACUGUAUUGAUAUGUGAGGCCGGAGAUUGUGCUCGUGUUAUCUGACCGAAGUCGAUCAAAACACACGUCUUUCUUACCUUCAUUCAAUAUUUUUUGUUGGUACCACUGCAUUCCUUGUAUUCGAUUCAUUACCUUGAAUAUUCAAUAAGAGUCCAACGCGGAGGUUGUGGCGCUGGUUAUUAUGAGAGAAUUUACAAAUCUGCGGACUUGAUGGAACCAUUUUUGCAUGUCCUUCAACAUCUGUAUGUUCUGGCAUCGGUUGUUGUGAUUACAUUAUAUUUGAAGGAAACUAUCUUGAUUUCUUAA